AUGGGUUUAAUGAGAAGUUUGAAAUAUAAAACUUUAAUACACAUGUUUAUUCUCCCUAUAUGUAUGUAUAUAGUGCUAAAAUCCGCGCGUAAAGAGGCACCCGAAAUAAAAGAAAUUACAAGAUUUCUUACCGAUGUUAAACAUAUUUUAUUAUGGACGGACAUCCACGGUCUAGAACCGGAAGGCCAGACAUACUUCCUGAAUAAAAAAUGCGAAUAUAUCAACUGUUAUUUCACCAAGAACAAGAGCCUCUUUGGUGAUAUAGGGUAUUUUGAUUUGAUUUUGUUCAAUGUUCAAGAUGUGAGUAGACAUACCAAACACCUUCCGAGGAGCAGAAUUUAUAACCAGAAGUAUGUGUUCGUAGCGAACGACUCGGCGGAUAAUUAUCCAGUCUGUGACGCUAUUUACGACGACUUUUUCAACUGGACUUGGACUUAUCGAUAUGACUCGACAAUCUCCUACCGGUUCAUCACAAUAUACAAUUCGGCAUACGAAGAACUGGGCAGCCAUUUUCAAUGGAAGCGUAAUAUGAAACCAAUUGACGAAAAAAUAAAAUCGCAGUUGUCAACAAAAUCCAAAGCCGCCAUAAUCUUUCUGGAUAAAUGCUUUAGUAGGAGUAGAAGAGAAAUCUUCUUGGGAGAGCUUAAAAAGGAAUUGCAAAAACUAAAUUUGGAAGCAGACAUUUUUGGUAAAUGCGGUACGAAGGACUGCAGACGCAGAACAAUGCAGCCGUGCUACUGGCGAGUCAAGAAGAUGUACUACUUCUAUCUCGCUUUUGAGGACUCUAAGUCACUCGAUUAUAUUAGUGAUAUUGUUCUGAACGCGUAUAACAAUUACGCGGUUCCUAUCGUAUAUGGAGGAGCUGAUUAUGAUAGAUUUCUCCCACCAGGUUCCUAUAUAGAUGCAGGUAACAAAUCUAUGUUAGAUCUCGCAAGGAAUAUGCACAAUAUUAUACAUAACAGAGAGUUGUACUACGACUUCUUCCGAUGGCAGAACCACUACAUCAUCAGCAAGUCUUCUCCGGUUGACGCAUGCGAGCUGUGCGCGUUCGUGAACUACCCAGCGCGAUUGAUUCACAGGUCCUCUUAUAAGAAAUUCAGGAAAUGGUGGAACCCUGAGUUUGAAAGGCGAUGUGAGGAGUCUAAUCAAUAUUCGAUGUUAUAG